AUGCCUUCUUUACUCAAGUUCGCUGCCGCGGCCCUCGCCGUGGCUCAGGCUUCGGCUCAGACCUACACUACUUGCAACCCCCUUGAGAAGACUUGCCCUGCCGACAAGGGUACCACCAAGGCCAGCCAGACCUUCGACUUCACCAAGAGCUUGGAUGGGUGGACUACCACUGCCGGAACCAUCGACACUGGCUCCAAUGGUGCCGAGUUUACUCUCGCCAAGCAGGGUGAUGCUCCUACCAUUGAGACUGACUUCUACAUCUUCUUUGGUGAGGUCUCCGUCACCAUGAAGGCCGCUCCCGGUCAGGGUGUCGUCAGCAGUAUCGUUUUCGAGUCUGAUGAUCUCGAUGAGAUUGAUUGGGAGGCUCUCGGUGGCGAUUCCACCACCAUUGAGACCAACUACUUCGGCAAGGGUGACACCUCCACCUACGACCGCGACACCUGGCCCGCGGUCUCCGACCCCCAGAACACCUGGCACACCUACACCGUGAACUGGCAGAAGGAUGCCACCACCUGGUCCAUCGACGGUGCCGUUGUCCGUACUCUGAACUACAAGGAUGCCCAGAGCGGCACCCGCUACCCCCAGACCCCCAUGCGCGUGCGCAUUGGUGUCUGGGCCGGCGGUGACCCCACCAACGGUGAGGGCACCAUCGAGUGGGCUGGCGGUAAGACCGACUACAGCCAAGCCCCCUUCAACAUGUACGUCAAGGAGGUCACUAUCAAGAACGCCAACCCCGCCGAGUCGUACACCUACUCCGAUAAGACCGGUUCCUACGGCAGCAUCAAGCUGAGCGGUGCCGCUGCCCUCAGCCAGACUGAUAGCACUACCUCUGCCACCUCCACUUCUACCAGCUCCAAGUCUACCGACACCACCACCGGCGCUACUACCCUCGCUACCACCACCCAGUCCUCCACCGCUUCCACCACCGGUGCCGGCUCCACUACCUCCUCCACUUCUGGCAGCAGCACCAAGGGCUCCUCCACUGCCGCUGGUUCCGGUUCGGCCUCUGCCUCCGGCUCCGCCGCUGGCUCUGGCUCUGCUUCUGGUUCCUCCGGCACCAGCACCACCGGCUCCGGCUCUGGAUCUUCUGGCUCCGCCUCCGGUUCCAGCACCGCCGCCAGCUCCAGCCCCUCCUACAACGCCGCUGUGAACGUUGCUUCCAACUACGUUGGACCUCUUUCCCUCCUGGCUUUGCUCACUGCCUUCAUCCAGCUGUAA